CUCCUCCCGCCCUGGGGCUCCCGUGGGAAUUUCACCCUCCAUUGGAGGCAGCUCAGACCAGGGCUUGUAGACCUCCUUUUGGUCCGUGAAUUUAUUUAUUUUUGAGACAGUCUUGCUCUGUUGCCCAGGCUGGAGUGCAGCGGUGCAGUCACAGCUCACUGCAGCCUCAACCUCCUGGGCUCAAGCGAUCCUCCCGCCUCAGCCUCCCGAGUGGGCCUUCCUCCGUGGGAAAGCGUUAAAACGAUAGUUAACAGUUGCGUCGGUAUAAGGACGAAUGCAAUUCGAGAGAGAUUUAUUAUUAUUUUCUAUUUUCUCUUCUGAUUUUAACAGAAGUUGGCGUUGAACAUUUCCACGCGCCCCGAGGGCCCUCCUGGACCCGGGAACGGACCCUGGUGGCAGUGAAGCCAGAUGGGGUGCAACGGCGGCUCGUUGGGGACGUGAUCCAGCGCUUUGAGAGGCGGGGCUUCACGCUGGUGGGGAUGAAGAUGCUGCAGGCACCAGAGAGCGUCCUUGCCGAGCACUACCAGGACCUGCGGAGGAAGCCCUUCUACCCCGCCCUCAUCCGCUACAUGAGCUCUGGGCCUGUGGUGGCCAUGGUCUGGGAAGGGUACAAUGUCGUCCGCGCCUCCAGGGCCAUGAUUGGACACACUGAUUCGGCUGAGGCUGCCCCAGGAACCAUAAGGGGUGACUUCAGCGUGCACAUCAGCAGGAACGUCAUCCACGCCAGCGACUCCGUGGAGGGGGCCCAGCGGGAGAUCCAGCUGUGGUUCCAGAGCAGUGAGCUGGUGAGCUGGGCAGACGGGGGCCAGCACAGCAGCAUCCACUCAGCCUGAGACUCAAGCUGCCCUUACCACCCCAGCCUCCACGCAGGAACAACUACCUCCGUCAGCAAGAACCCAAGCCCACAUCCAUACCUGCCUGUCCUAAACCACUUACUUCCCUGUUCACGUCUGCCCCAGCCCAGCCCAGAGGUGUUUCGGCCACCAACUUCAGUGCCUUUCUGUACCCCAAGCCAGCACAAGACUGGACCAAUCCGUUUUGCACCAAAGUGCCGGACAGACUUUGUGGUGGUGGUGGGGGGGGUCUUCGCAAGUUAUCCUAACCUUUUCUCCAAAGAGGAGGCAUUAAAAUUCACCGUGCCUAGCACAUGGGUGGUACAUUAAUUAUGACUUCCGCCAACUCUGAGGUAGAAAUGACGCUUUUAUGCAAGUUGCAAAGAGUUGAAGAGUAAAGAUGAAGUUUUGCACACC